CCCACGAGGGAACAGGAAAUAUAGUGGUCAUUAUGAUUAGCUACCCAAAAGGAAGAGAAAUUUUGGAGCUGGUACAUCAAGGAAUCCCAGUGAAGAUGACCAUAGGCGUUGGCACCCGCCACGUACAGAAGUUCAUCAGCGGCCAAUCCGUGGUAUUUGUGGCCAUCGCUUUUAUCACCAUGAUGAUCAUUUCAUUAGCCUGGCUCAUAUUUUACUAUAUACAGCGUUUCCUGUAUACUGGCUCACAGUUUGGAAGUCAGAGCCAUAGAAAAGAAACUAAGAAAGUUAUUGGCCAGCUUCCACUUCAUACUGUAAAGCAUGGAGAAAAGGGAAUUGAUGUUGAUGCUGAAAAUUGUGCAGUGUGUAUUGAAAAUUUUAAAGUAAAGGAUAUUAUCAGGAUUCUGCCAUGCAAGUCAGAGGAGCGGACUGAUGCAGAGCUUGGGAGACCGCUCUUGAAGCGUUACCCGGUGAUUCACUCACAUGCACGCCCUUUCUCGCUUCUUGGAGUCAGAAGUCAAGGAGAGUCACUUUGCUGUUCGUCAUCGUCACGGGGCCACGUGUUCUCACGCGGCAGCCGCGCCACAGCCGCCCGCGCCCCGGCCCGCUGCUUCGCUGCUUCGCUCCUCCCCGUGUUUGGAUCGGCCUUCUGGGCUUCCCGGCAGGAAACCGCCAAGGGCCAGGGAGCGGUGGGCAGGUGUUUUGAAAAUACUAAAACUAGAAAAUGGAAACAGAGAAUCCAAGAAUUGAAGGUGUUUUGUUUAACAUGACAGACAGUUAAAUUAAACUUGUUUGAUUACACUUAAAA